AUGAAUAACACAGCUCACCCCCGACUGCGAAAGCCAACCAAGAUCGACCCUGAAAUCAUGGCCGGGUCUCUCGAAGCAAACGCGACAGCCCAUGAGCAAGAUGCAUUACUCAGAGAUGAAGCUGAACGCGAAAGAAACGGGGAGGAAUCUGCAGAGUUGCGUGACACAAACUACCCCGACUCGAAGCGCGCUUUGUUCCUAGGUAACUCUGUUAUACGUGUGCUUAAGAUUACCCUGGGAUGCAGCUACUCCAAUUUGCUACUGCCGUUUGUGUUUCUGGGAAUAAUCGCGGGGGGUCAAGGAUGGGACGAUUCGAUUUCCUUCGCGUUCAACUUCCUAGCGAUUCUUCCUCUCGCUGCGUUGCUGUCGUUCGCCACAGAGGAGCUGGCAAAAAGCGUCGGGCAAACCGUCGGAGGACUUAUUAAUGCGACGUUUGGAAAUGCGGUAGAAAUGAUUGUGGGGAUCACUGCGGUCCGGCAGGGAGAAAUCAGCAUUGUACAAUCUAGUAUGGUGGGCAGUAUCCUUUCGGGCAAUCUUUUGAUCCUCGGUGUUUCAUUGUUCUGUGGCGGCUUUGCAAAAGAUGUGGUGAAAUUCAACGUGGAUGUUAGUGGAAUACUAUCAUCCUUGAUGGUAGUCUCCUCUGCAACAUUGAUCAUUCCAUCCGUGCUCUAUUCAACCAUACCAUCCAAGUCCUACGAAGUGGAAGCUAGCAUUCUGAGUCUCUCUCGUGCCGCCUCCAUGGUCCUACUCACAUUCUACCUGGUAUACCUCUACUUCCAACUGAAGAGUCACUCCGAACUAUUCGUCGACGAUAAACAAGAAGAGGAAGAAGAGCGAGUUCUGGGCCCCCUGGUCGGCAACGUCGAUGGCUUUGUAGACAAGUGGCAUGUGAGCCGGGCUUUUAUUGGCUUGAUUGUGGUUCCCAUUGUCGGUAACGCAGGAGAAUUCAAUACUGUCGUCAAUUCUUCGAUCAAGGGGAAUAUGGACCUCGCAGUUGGUGUGAUUGUGGGAAGCACGUUGCAAAUCGCAUUGUUCGUGAGUCCGUUCCUGGUCAUGUGUGGCUGGGUUAUUGGGCAGCCCAUGUCCUUGCGCUACAGUCCCUUCGAAACUGUGGUAUUCUUCCUAUCGGUAAUAGUCAUGGACUGCUUGAUUCGUGGAGGUAGAUCGAAUUACUACGAAGGGUCUUUAUUGGUUGGAACGUAUCUGAUAAUCGCAAUUGCAUUCUACGUGCACCCAGACGCAGUUGAUGCACCCUUCGUUUAG